UGAAACAUCAUUUAACAAUUACAAUAAUAUAAGUAUAGAAAAUUUUAUCUGCAACCAUUGCCAAUAUUGUUGGGGCAGACAUAAUUUAUCCCACUAUAUAAUAGGGAAUAUGCAUAAAAAAUAAAAUGGCCUGAUUUUUUUUUCCCUAAGCUUUUAAGGUCGCAGUAUUACACUCAAUUCGUUAUUUCCUAAUUUAAUAUGCAUUUAAUUAUUUAAAACUUAAAUCAAAAAGUGAAAAAUUUACGCGCGUAAUUCAAAUUUGUAAAACGCCUCGUGACGUCAUAGGGCACAUUAUCGUCCUGUCAGUCAGUCACGUGUACCAACUCAACUGUCUGUCAAAGUGUCAACUCAUGGUAGAGGUACAGCUUGUGUUUGAGAACUUUGAGAGAAAAAUUGGUUGUAUUUCUAUACUAGCUUAGUUUUCUAAAAUAGAAAUAUCAAGCAUCAUCAAUAGCAAUGACGGACAACGGUUUUGUGAAAGCACAGUCGGAUAAUCUUCCAAAAAUAGAUGCAUUUAUGAUGACCACAUAUUUUGCGUCAAACCCAGAUUUUACAUCUGCUGAGGUUAAAGGAGUAAAAGCUGCAAGGUCUCAACGAGAAUCAUACGGCGAUUCAGCUGUAGGAUAUGUACAAAUUAAACGAGAAGGGAACUUAUGUGUAGUGAAAGCUCGCAUCACACCAGAGCACAAUGUUCGUCAGAAGUCAUAUGCAGUACAAGCUGUAUGUGAUGAAGCUGAAGAAACUGUAAUUUCUGUGGAAUGUCUGGAUUGCGCAGCACACUUAGGAGGAUGUAAACAUGCUAUUGCAUUUUUAGCAUGGCUUCACCGACGUAGUGAAGAUCCUCCAAGUACAAGCAUUGAGUGUUAUUGGAAAAAAUCCAAGCUUUCUUCAGUUGGUACUAGCUUGAAGUUUAUUAAAGCAAAAGAUAUUUGCAAAGCACCUAAAGUGAAUCCCGCAUCAAAUUCCUCAAGCACUGGCAAUUUUUUAACAGUAGUAAAAAAUAAUUGUGUGAGUGUUGGUGAUACAAAUAAUCAUCUGAUGAAAUUUUAUCAAUCUCCAAACAAUGCAGAGAGACUGUCGAUCCAUCAUUUAAUUCUUGCAAGCAAGGCUACAAACCCUGUUGAGUUUGUUGAAUAUUGCAAACUGGUAAUGAGUACAGAAGCAUGCGAACAAGCUGAAUUGAUAACUAAAGACCAAAAUGACUGUCCAUUAUGGCAUGAGCUAAGAUAUGGAAGAAUCACAGCUUCUAAGGCAUAUGAGGCUGCACAUUGUAAAGUUCUGGAUGGUUCCUUAACGGAGAACAUAUUGGGAGCAACCAAACUAAAGGACACAGAAGCUAUGAAAAGGGGGCGAUUUUUAGAAAGUCAGGUAUUAAAAGAAGUAGAGAAAAUUAAACAAAUAAAAAUAAAUAAGUGUGGCUUAAAAUUAAAUGCGGCUCAUCCUAUAAUGGGGGCUUCUCCAGAUGGGGAAAGUACUGUGUACAGCAUAGAAAUUAAAUGCCCAUCAUCAGAAAAAGCGUUGAGCCGUUAUAUUGACAGCAAUAGUGAAGUGGCUCCAAAAUAUAUGGCACAACUACAACUUCAGAUGCAUUUUGGAAAUAAAAGUAAGGGUCUUUUUUGUGUUGCUGACAAUAAUUUUGAAACCUCUAAGAAAGUAAAUAUUAUAGAGGUGGAAUAUAAAAAACAACUGUGUGAAACAAUAAUAGAAAAAUGCACACUGUUUUGGCAUCAAGCCAUUUUCCCAAAAAUAGGUAAAUUGUAAAAACUUGUACUUUUACUUUAUCUGAAAUAAAACAAAUGCAUUCUUAA